ACACCAACAGGCGAAAGCAGGAGGCAGAACCACAGAGAGAGCGAGAGGGCGAGAGAGAGAGAGAGAGAGGAAGAGCGAGAGGAAGAGAGAGUCGGAGUGACGGAGUAAAGGACAAUAAAAGGAGUUAGAGAGAAUAGUGAAGUAGCCGUAAUGGAAAUCCAGAUCAGUUGCAGUGAACCGCCUCCAUGCGACCCCCAGCCACCUGGAAAGAUCAACAAAGCUGCCUUCAAACUGUUCGGCAAGCGCAGGUCCGGCAGCGGUAUGCCGAGCAUCUUCUCCUUCAGGAACAAAGGGGACGCAACUGACAAGGAGCUUAUCAGAAGCAAAACCCACGACGGCUUAAUGACAACAGAUGAGCUGUCCGAGUUGGAGAGCCACGGGAAAGAAGAAUCAGCCAGCAGCGACCAUCUGAACAGCGCAUCUGCUGCGCCCGUGUGUAAUGCCAUCACCAAGUCUUUCAGCUUCUUCUCCUUGCUGCGGCGCAAUAGUUCUCGCAUCAGUGACAGGGCGUCUACGCUGGGGCAAAGGGGACGUGGGCUGAAGGGGUUGUUCGGCAGCAUACGCUGGCGCCGUAAACCUCCGUCUCGUGACCAUUCCAUCGAAAUCCAGGACAUUGUCAAAGAAGCAAAAGGCGUCGAUCUGAUUUUGUCCUGCAGCUCCAGGAACGUGGAUGUAGAAAACGUGACACUGGAGCCCCCAGUGGAAAUAUUACAAGACGAUGCUGUGAGCUGGAAGAAGCCCUGUUUGCAGGACAGUAAUGAGGAAUGUGCGAAGAGCUCGUCUGUUCUGGUGCAACCAGUUGCUGAAGAGUCUCCAGCUCCGUCUCUGCUCACUGUGGAAACUCAGGAACCUGUCAGAGCCGCACCUGAGAGUCCAGCCCAUCUUGCUUCCAUGACACCUCCGCAGGAUCACAGCUCCGUCGACCCACCAUCUGAGGAUCGGCUAUGCUCCAUGUUCAAUGAUGUCACUUCGCUUAAAAGCUUCGAUUCAUUGACCGGUUGUGGCGACAUCAUCGCUGACCAAGAGGACGACUCCGGGAACGGAGGCAGCGUCACCAGCAGUGGAACAGGAAGCAGCAACGGAGGGCUUCAGGUAAGCGCUGAGAGAUGUUCCCCAGCCAAACCUCCCCUUCCUCCUCAAGUGACUGGUCUAAUGUCAAUGUCCAUGUAUCAGUGUCCGCCGUCUCGUCAUCGAGUCUGUCCACCGACUAAAACUCCACAAGGCAGCGGGAUAGUGGCUUACAUGGGUGGUGGAGAGGAAAUGGCUAGUCCAGAAGGUGUAGAUGAUGCAGAUAUGCAAGGACUUUGGCACAUGCUCCCUAAAAAAGGGGAGGAUUCCCCAGCUCUACCUCACCUGCCGACUCGGCAGGACAAAAGACCUCCUCAGGUGAAAAGUCUGGGGCUUAGCAAGAUUCCUGUGAAUGGAAGCAGCAGAGCAGGUAAACAACAACAGCCGCAGCAGCUGACCCGCCCUUCUCCUCCACCCAUUGUGAAAGAUCUCCAGGACGUCCCACCCAGUGACGAAGGCUACUGGGACUCUCCGACACCUGGUCCAGAGGAUGAGGACAGCGGUUUCCUACAGCGUGACGGUCUACCGAGGGACAGCUGUUCAGGAGACGCGCUCUAUGACCUCUACGAUCUCGACAGUCCCGGGACUGUCGGCUCAGACGACGAUGACACGAUUUCACCUACACCUUCUACGGGCGACCUGAAGAUGACCCCGCCUCCUCAGAAACCGUCUUGUUCUUCCUUCCGUUCCAUAAAGGGCAGCACAAGUCUUCCACGAGAGUCUAAGAUACCAAUCAGCGUGAGGCAAAAGCCGCCGUCUCACUCUUCCAGCCAAGGGGCGCUGUCCUCUCCGGUCAGCCCGACCUCGGACAACCCUUCCGAGUCCCCCUCAAAGACGACCACGCCAACUCGCACUCGUAUCCCUGUCUCCAAGGUACCGGUUCGCUCCUCAGGCAACAAAAAGGUAGCACAAACCAGGAAGUAGAACUGAUUUUAAAUGUUAAGCCAAAAUGACUGUAUUUUGAUACGACUAACGAUUCCCACGGUCCCCCGCGGACGUCGCACCUUGAAUUAUUUCUGCACUGAUGUAUUGCAACGCGCCACAUUUUACACACGAUUCGCACGUAUGUAGAAAGGAAAUGUUAAACUGUCACAACUUCACUUUCACUACCUAAUGUGAAAAAAAGCGAUGAAAUUAAGAAUGUUUUAUAUAAAAAUCUUUCAUUUAUACCCAUCCCACUGGAAAUCCUCUUCUUCCUGAACCAGCGAGAAAUAAGAGCAUUUGGCUCUACUUCAUAAAAAACAACAACAACCUUGUGGAAACACAGCUGCAAAUACCGUCUCUCUGGGAAUUACGAGCAAACAGCCAGAAAAAGCACUUCAGAUACCCGAAAAACAAAAAACAAACUCCUCAAUCAGGAUCAGGGAACGCCAUCUUUAUUUGAGAUGCUCCUUUUUUUUAACCAAUUGAAAUAAUUUCCUUUUUAUAGACUUUAAGUUCUUCCUGAAGUCUUUCAUACUCUUUUUCUAUAAAAAAAAAAUAUAAAUCACUGUGGAUGCUGAUUUUUCUGGGAUUCUAAAACGCUUGCAGGAUGAAUUACAAUCAAAACAACAACAAAAAAAGGGUCACCAUGGCAACGAUGGCCUCCACAUCACUUUGAGUUUGUGACGUCACUGGAGAUCUGAAUGUAGCGCAUGCAUCGUGAAGAGAACAUCCGAACGUUCUGCAUGCUCAUGAAGGAGAAAGAGAGAGAGAGAGAGAGAGAGAGAGAAGCCUGAGGGGUCAAAGGUCAAGCAUUUUCCCCCAUCCUCAGGGACAUUCUAGUCUCUCAUCUUCGGGUCCAGACAAAGAUUAGCACAAUAAUUAAGUUUCACCAACACUGAAUGUUUUUCUACUGGUGUUUUUUUUACAAUCACUGCUGCGUCCUGGUGGUUUUAGUCGUAACAACUUUCCAGAUUUUUUUUUUAUUAUUAUUUUUCUUCUUUUUCUUAUUCUGUUUCACUAAUUUAUGAAUAAAAACAAACCGAUACGGCGACGACUUCAGACUCGUCUGUUUCACUCACACGGUUAUUUGUGUUUUAUUCCUCUUACACCACAGCAGUUUGCCAAUUAAGAGAUUUAUUUCUUUUUUAAAUACUGUCGCCUUGUAGCUACAGGGUCGAGGGGAGAACAUGCGAGGGUUAGAGUUCGCAUGUUCUCCCACGCGCUCGGUGGGUUCAGUCCGAAGACACACAGGUUAGAUUGACGCUCCCAAAUAGUGUGUGUAUGAGGUUCCUAGAUGAAUGGAUGGAUGGAUAGUUAAACAUAAUGAUGUGAAACUUUACAUUAUAGCAGCUAUAAACACUCGCUUCCUCAUCGGCCUCUCCUUAUUCUCUCUGUUGAAUUAAAGACCACAAAUAAAACGACUAAUCCCAGCUGAUCAUGUUGCUGAGAAAGUGUGAGGCUGUGUAAAAACUCCUCUGUCCUGAAGAUGUGGGAAAAACCUUAUAUAAUAGUUUUAUUUAUUAGUUGUGACUUUAAUUCAGUUUUCAGUGGUGUUGAACAAGGAUAUAAUAGAGAGAGAGAGAGAGAGGGUGUGUGUGUGUGUGUGUGUGUGUGCGUGUGUGUGCGUGUGUGUGCUGAAUACAGAUGAGAUAAAGGGGUUUUAAAUGUAGGGCGGCGCUCGGUUCAUGUGUGGAUCCACGUGCCUUAGAUGUGUGUGUGUGUGUGUGUGUGUGCGUGUAGAUUUGUUACUGUAACGCUACACUCAUACUUUGUCUAUCAGCUUUAUGUAAAGGGAUUAUGUAAUACCACAACAUUCAUCCAUGAAAACCUGCCAGACCGGUGUGUGUGUGUGUGUGUGUGUGUGUAUAAAGCCAUGCUUGAUCUUUAAUUGGGUCGCUGUAUAUCGAGUUUGCUGGGCGUUAACCAGAUUAAUUGUGUCUUACAUUAAGCUUUAUUUGUGUGUGUGUGUGUGUGUGUGUGUGUGUGUGUGACUAAUGUGAGGUGCCCUAGUUUUCCAGACUGAAACAGACAGAGCACACAAAAAUCUUUCUGAAAAAAAAAAUCAUUCUGCACAGACGAGCUGGUCUGUAUAAACUGCUUUACGGUUGUGUGUGUUGUGAACGUUAUUAAAGAGCUGUUUAUUUGAUUAAACACCUACGAUGCUGUAAGGAGUCUCCAGUGUCAGUGCUCUGUAUUCAGAGGUAAAGUUUAAGCAGGAGAGUUUACACUUCUGCAAGGUUUCUAAGCAACGUGAGAAAAAAAAGGCUAGUUCUUUUAUAAAGUAAAAAAAAAAAGGGAAUUUGCCAUGGUGUAGCAGGAAUAAAGGACUU